AGAUUAUGGAUUAAAGAAAAUACUAAAAAUAUCCAUUAGAGGUUUCGCGACGGCGGUGCGUGUUAAGCAUCGCAUCUUUGUGUUUUAUAUUUGGGAAAAUUUUGCUUUUUGUCUAUACAAAAACCUACAGCAAACAAGAAGAUAAAAGCAAGCCAAAUAACCGAAAUUCUUGAAAUAUCGACUUUGUAUUCGGGCAAAGCUCGCUUGCUGUGGAAGGGUUUGGCUCGUGAAAUCGAAGGUUUGUUUCGAUUCUUUUCAGUCCUAGGCCUUGGGUUUGUCUUUGCUUUUUAGGGUUUCAAAUUCUCCAUCCUUACAUGCUCUAUUGACUCCCGUUUUAUGCCAUUUACCUGUUUGUGAAAAUGCUCCUGAGAUCUUGUCCUGGUUUAUCAGAAAUUGUGUAUUAAAAAGUUGAAGGAAAAAGGCCAAUGAAACAAUCCAAGGAUCCAUUCGAAGCAGCUUAUGAGGAGCAAGAGGAAACGCCACCUGAUUCGCCCGUUGGUCCUGAUGAGUUGGAUACUCAAGCUCCUGCUGCAUCUCAGGACCCUUCUGUUGUACCUGAAGACGAUGACAUUGGAAGCUCUGGCGUCCAUCCCGCUGACCCAUCCACUUCUACUCCUGUGUUGGCUGCUGCUAGAAGCAAGCCCAAAAACAAAGACGACGAGGAUGAUGAAGAGGAGGAUAAUAUGGAGGUUGAGCUUUCUAAGUUCCCGUCCAGUGCUGACCCUGAUAAAAUGGCCAAGAUGCAGGCUAUUUUAUCGCAAUUCACUGAUGAACAGAUGAGCAGGUAUGAAUCAUUUCGCAGAUCUGCUCUUCAGAAGGCCAACAUGAGAAGGUUGUUGGUAAGCAUCACUGGAUCCCAGAAAAUUUCUUUACCAAUGACAAUUGUAGUUUGUGGAAUAGCAAAAAUGUUCGUUGGUGAACUUGUUGAAACAGCCAGAAUGGUAAUGACAGAGAGGAAGGAAUCUGGGCCAAUCAGACCUUGCCACAUAAGAGAAGCAUAUAGAAGGCUAAAGCUUGAAGGCAAAGUGCCAAAGAGAUCUGUACCAAGGUUGUUCCGAUAGAUUUACCUAAAUGCAAAUUUGUUGGUUGAUUUCUCAGGUUUUUAUUUUUACAUGAAUAUAUAUGUACAUGAUUUGACAUGUUAGUCUCUUAUUUUGCUUUCUCCUGCCAAUUCUAUCUUCUAUAUAUUUCAGUUACAUGUGCACUUA